GUUCUUGUAUUACAUUGUGUUGUUCUUUUUCGUAAAUCUUUUACUUUCUUUUUGGAUUGGAGAGUGCUGGCGAUGCUACCACAACAAAAUGUCGACAAGUGAUGUUAGCCUUCCAGUUUUGGAUGAAAACGAAAAGAAAAUUGUGAAUGAAUUCUGUCAUCUACUGGAAAAAUCAAAGCAAUUGUUCAAUGGUUUAAGGGACCUUCCUCAGUAUGGACACAAACAGUGGCAGUCAUAUUUUGGCAGAACUUUUGAUGUUUACACAAAGCUCUGGAAAUUUCAACAGCAACAUAGACAAAUUUUGGAUACCAAAUAUGGCUUGAAGAGGUGGCAGAUAGGAGAAGUAGCAUCCAAAAUUGGUCAACUGUACUACCAUUACUAUUUGAGAACCAGUGAAACUAAUUACCUGAAUGAAUCCUUCAACUUCUACUCAGCUAUUCGUCAGAGAGGGUACUAUUCCAGGGCCAGCAAAGAGGAAAGGCCAGAUCUGAUGGUCAAGAAGCUCCGUUUUUAUGCCAGAUUCAUUUUAGUUUGUUUAUUGCUGAAGAAGAUGAAGCUUGUGAAGGACCUAGAGAGAGACCUUGGCAAGCAGAUAGAUGACUACACUUCCACCUACCAACCAGAGGACCAGAAUGAAUGGAAAACUGUUCUCUCAGAAAUAAGAGAAUUCGAAGAUGCUGACUGCACAGUGAGAGUUUUGGACCAUGAUGGUACCCCCAUUGUUCUGUCUCAUAGGCUGACCCCCUUAAAUACUCCUCCUCUGGAAAAGGGCACCCCAGCUAUUCUCAGACUCCAGGAAAUCUUGAUAGUAGGGAAUUCUUCAGAACAGCUGAAAUACAGUGAAUUGACCUUGGACAUGUUUAGAAUGUUACAAACAUUGGAGAGGGAACCCCAGGAAGAUUUAUCCAAUCAAAUUUAUGAUGCCUCCCCAGCUCCUGGGAGACCACCAUAUGAAAAUGGUGAGAGAAACAAUCGACGUGAAAAUCCUCACAAGUACCUCCUGUAUAAACCAACGUACAGCCAGCUGAACACAUUCCUAGCCUCAGGGUUCAAAGAACUUCCACCUACCGGUAUAAUACUCCUGUAUAUCUCUGCAGAUGGCAGCCCCACUAACAUGAAACAUGGAGAUGACCCUGCCUAUGACCUAGGGGGUGUGGUCACUAAUUCUAGGAGGGAAGGAGAGGAGAUCAUACGAACCAAAAAACUGGGACAUCUCAAAGAAGUUCACUGCUUACAUCCUGGAGAUCUAUAUCCAUACACAAGAAAGCCUUUAUUUGUAAUUGUCGACAGUGACAACAGUUCCUCAUUCCAGAAUAUUCCAAACUUGUUUGGGCAGCCUGUAGUAUGUUUACUGUCUCCAGAAAGAGCACCACCAACCAUGCAAGACAAGCACAGGAGAGGAAACCUCUUCACAAUGUUUCUACAUGACCCUUUGAUGGCAUUCUGCUAUGUUUGUAAUAUCUAUGAAGUUCCUGUUGACCUUUGGGACAAGUGCACUGGGGUCAUCGACAAGUUCAUGGCUGAAACAUCCAAACUCUUUUCCAGGUCUAAAAAACUAGAUAACAUGUAUAUCCAAUUCUUCGGUGAUGACUUUCUGAGGUUGCUGAUGUUACGAUUCGUCUUCUGCUACAUUGUGCUGAUACUUCAUAGAGGGUUCAAGGGACCAAAUUUCUACCCAACCUGUUCACCACUGCUACCAACCGAUGAAAUCCUGGAGCAUCCCACCUUAUAUAAAGUAGUUCUUGACUUAGCCACGGUAGUGGACAAUAGAACUUUGUUUGCUGAACCUGGGGAAGGAGAUCUGCAUGGAGCAACGUAACCUUGAAAUAGAUUCUUAGGAAUUUAAUAAUUUGCUCAGAGAGAUUUUUUUUCUUCAAAAUUUGUGUAUUGUUUUUUUUUUUUUUUUUACUCUGCAUACUUUUAGUCGUGUUUAUCUUUGAAGAGUGAAUAAUAAGAACACAAAGAAAACAAAUUUUACUAGUAUCUAAAAAAGUUGUGUGCAUGACAAAGCAUAAUACAUGUAUGUAAAAAAAAAAUCUAUAUAUACACUAUAUGUAUUUGAUGACUACUAAAUUAUUACAUGUACUCCAUCUACAAUUUGAUGAAUACAAUAUUAUCAGGCUUUUUAUGUGCAAGUAUAUUAAUCUUUAAUGUAAUAUUUAUUUUAAUUAAAACCAAAUAAUUUUUUGACAAUCUAGAGCGAUAAGGAUGACAUUUUUUUUUUUUUGCAUUGUGAUAAUCAUGUGAUUAUAAUUCACUAGUCUCCAGCUUAUGAUGUGUGUGUUAAGUGUAUGCUAUUAGUAAUUUGAAUCAAAUAUACCUGUACACAUCCGAAUAUACUUGUAAUUAUAGGCCAUUGCAUUUUCUGUAGAAAAAUUUAACUUUGCACAGACAACUUUAUAGAUGUGGCAUUAAAUGUUGACCAACUUUUGUCACAUGUAUUUUGAGAAUUAAAUACAUGUACAUCACAAACACAACCAUGUACAAAAUAUCUCUUAAUUAUAAAUGGAAAGCACAUUUUAUUAAUGUGUACUACGCAAUUAUAUAUUUCUGUGUCUUCUGUAUCAAUUUAAGAUAAACCACUUAUAGUUUAAAUACAAACCGUACAGGAAGAUACAGACUUUCAGAGGAGCUUUUGUUUUGGGCCAUUAUGAUAUCAAUAUAUAAAAACUUCUGUUUUAAUAGAUAUAGAUCAAACAAUAUAAAAAGAGAACAAUAAGAAAUCCAAUGUGACAAAGAUACAAAAUUAGAAAUCCAUAAUCUACUUAAUAAACAAGCUUCAUACAUAUUUAUGGACCUCCCCCAAAGUUGUUUUAAUAGAUUAUGUUUUGUUGUAAUAUUAUUUUUUUUAUAUGGAAUUCGGUGGAAUUAUUUGAAAAGUAGGAAAUGCCUAUUUUACAUUAUACAUGUAUAUUUUCGUCUGGUCUGAAGUUUCUGUACUACAUUUUGUGUUGGUGCUUUAUGUUACU